AUGGGACGCGCAUCAAAAAAGAUGGCCGAUGAGGACGGGGCCCGGGAUAUCCCGAAGACUUCCGAGCAAUCAGCAACAGCUGCUAGCGAGCACGACAAAUUCGACAGACUCUAUCAUUCGAUCGCAAAAUCGGCAAAAAAUGAACGUGGCAAGAAGAUGCGUCUGGAGAAAGCCGCUGUAAGGGAGCUGAGCUUCAUUUUUGUUUAA